AAUAUACUCGCUAUCGUCAACUUCGAUAGGCUCUUUAUAUUCGUAUUGCCUAGACAGGAGGGCUCUACGUACGAUAGUAUAGUAUUCGACGAUACGGUAGAGAGAUACGGCUUCGGUACGCCUAAAGGGAAAUAUUAUCUCGCUAAUACCGGUUAUAGGUAUACUAAUAUAAUACUCGUGCUAUAUCGUAGCGUACGCUAUUACCUUCGUAAGUAA